CCUGUCACCGAGGCCACUAGUGUCUUAGGGACAGGUCUCGUCUUGACCAAUCAGAGGUGACCUGUUGUAAUCCGUGACCUCUCAGCCAAGAUCUCCUUACGACUGCCCUCCGAUUCACCCCCAUUUGUCGUCCGUCGCUCGUCAUUGGGAGGCCCAGAAACAGCACGCAGUUGCAGGCGAGGCCCUUCUGUUCUCGUGAUUUUCUGCCACCAACGCCGCGGUUUCUUCCAUCGUCGCCCUGCUUACUCGAUGCCACCUUCCGCUACACUACUCCCACCACAUAAUACCUACCUACUUACCUUACCUACUCGAGGACUACACUGUACCUGCUACCUGCUAGGCCAACACCUGCCUUGUCCGAGAUCUACACAGGCCUCGGUGCUUCUGAACCCCCUUUGCCAGGCCCUCUCACCGCCCGGUGAACCCUCCAAAGGAGCCCACUGCCCUUCCAGGCGACGACUCCUACAUGUCUGCCAAUACAAGCAACAGCCGUUGUUUUCUCCUCAGCAUGCACUCGAAAUCACCAUCUUUACCCUCCUAGUCCGCGCCAUCACCUUGCCGACUCUCUCACCAGCGCUCUUGGCCCAGCAACUUUCCUUUGGGCCCUCAACAACCCCCCCGAGUCAACCCCCUGGCAUUGGCCCCUCCUCCUUGCCUGUCUGUCUACUUUCUUACACACGCCACGCUGUGCUUGUAGAGAAAUAUCCAACAGCAAACGCACUCCUUCUUGGCCUGGAACGGUGGCGACCUUUGGCCACUUACCUUCUCGCAGCCUCCGCCCCCGACUCCAACCCACCUGCCCUGUCAGCCGGUUCUCCAUAGCUAUCUACUGACGUUGUCGCUGUUGGCUUGUGGGUGGUGCUAUUCACGUACACUGACGCUCCUCCGGACUGUCGGCCGUCGAACCACCUUUGCACCGUGGUGGGGUUGUCUAAGUUCGGCUUGGCUUCGACAUCUUUUGUCCUCCCAACGCGCCGCUCUCGACCGCCUGUCCAUUGGCCAUAUCCUC